UUGAUGAUGACAACCACGUGUCGGUCACGUUCAGAGAGAUCGGAACUUGCGUGGACGAUGGGAAAACUUUGAUUGGAUGUUACAAAGGAGCUACCGAACUACAGAUCGGAUCGAAUGGAGAUGUCGCCUUAGCCAAUCACAGAGCCGAAAAAUUCCACCAAUCAAAAAACAAUCACCGGUCAAGUUCAAUUCCAGUACCUUCCUGCAAAGUAAUGAACGAAGCAGAUUUUAGUUUUUACAAGAAAGAAGUUUUGAUUCCAUUCAAAAUUGCGAAAAAAGGUGAAGACGAGUUCAUUUUGAGGAACAAGCAGAUUCAUCAAAGAGGUGACCAAUGUGUGAAAAUGCUGAACUUACUUUUGUCAAUUCAUAUUGGGGAGAAAGUGUACGAUGCGUAUAAUUUGGAUGCUCAUUUUGAUUUGGAGCAGCUGCAAGGUCGAAUGGACAUGACGAGGGUGGCAGUUGUGGGACACUCAUUCGGGGGAGGAACGAGCGUGUGUGCGCUGGCAAAAGACACCCGAUUUAAAUGCGCUGUCGCUCUAGACGCUUGGAUGCACCCUUUAGAGCGGGAGUUGAUCACUAAAGUGCAGCAGCCUGUUUUGUUUGUAAACAGCGACAAGUUCCAAUGGCCCAUGAAUUUAGUCAAAAUGAAAAAAAUGGAAAGCCGAUUCAUGGACCGAAUUAUGCUGUUCCUUCGUGGAACUGUGCAUCAAAGUCAGGGCGAUUUCCCCUUCUUACUACCCCCACUUUUCUCCCGAAUUUUGGAAGUAAGGGGUAAAACGGAACCAAAAAUUGCGAUGCAACUUAGCAACCGUGCAUCGCUGGCCUUCCUCAGGAAACAUCUGGACAUUCCAGAUCGCACCGACUGGUGGGGACUUCUAGAAGGGAAGGAUGACCGGGUGAUCAUUGGGACCAAUGCGCCACUUAGACGAUGCUCUGUAGGCAUCAUCUAA